AUGGCCGAGGAACCGACCGAGACAGGCCAGCGGGCCGAAGAGGAAAACAAUGGAGGUUUCAAGAGCUAUGCGCGCAUAUUCAAGUAUACAGAUCGCGUCGGCUGGCUGCUAAAUGCCGUCGCCUUGGUCAGUGCAGUGGGCGCUGGAUGCGCCUUGCCCUUGAUGGAUCUGCUGUUUGGCCAGAUGAUCACAACAUUUAACAAUGCGGCCACCAACUCCAGCGAUGCUGGCCAAUUUCAAUCUUCAAUCAACAAAUAUGUGCUUUAUUUUGUCUAUCUUUUUAUUGGAAAGUUUGUAUUAGUGUACAUCUGGUCCCUAUCACUUUCCGUCUCCGCUAUACGGACUACGAAGGAUCUUCGCAUUGCAUUCCUCACUCGAUUGCUACAGCAAGACAUUGGCUUUUUUGACUCCAACCGCGGAGGCUCUGUGGUGGUACAGGUGACCACUAAUGCGAACCUCGUCAACCAGGGGAUAUCGGAGAAGUUGGGUUUCCUCGUACAAGGCACCUCCACAUUUGUCGCUGCAUUUGUUGUGGCUUUUGCUAUACAGUGGAAGCUCACUUUAAUUACCAUUUGCAUUGCACCGGCUAUUCUGAUUGUCACCACAGUCUGUGCCGGGAUUCUAAUCAAGGAAGAGAACCGAGCUCUCCAUAUCAGUAGCAAAGGAGCUUCCCUUGCCGAGGAAAUCUUGGCGAGUAUGAAAACCGUGCACGCAUUCUCUGCGGCAAAGAAGUUGAGAGCCAAGUAUGACGAGUGUGAGUCAAAAGCCAGAGACCUGAGGCUCUCGCAGUCUUUGACUAUGGCAAUUAUUUAUUCGGCAGAGUUCUUUUGUGUGUAUGCAGGAUAUGGUCUUGCAUUUUGGCAAGGGGUCCGGAUGUAUGCUAGAGGGGAGAUCACGGAGCCAGGCAAAGUCGUCACCGUCAUAUUUGCGGUAAUUGUGGCUGCUACCUCCAUGACAGCCAUUGCACCGCAGGUCAUUCAGAUUUCUAGAGCAGCAUCUGCUGCUCAGCACAUCUGGGAUAUAAUUGACCGGGAACCUACCAUUGAUGGGUUGUCCAACGAAGGAUUACGGCCCGAUACCUGUGAGGGGAAUAUAGAAUUUCACCACGUCUCAUUUUCAUACCCUACUCGGCCUCAGGUGCGCGUUCUCGAUGAAUUUUCACUAUCUAUCCCGGCACAAAAGACGACAGCCCUGGUUGGACCGAGUGGUUCAGGAAAGAGUACAGUCACAGGUCUCCUAGAGCGAUGGUACAAUCCCGAGGCGGGUUAUAUAUCACUCGAUGGUCGAGACAUUAAGGAUCUCAAUAUUCAAUGGCUCCGCACCAAUAUUCGCAUCGUUCAACAGGAACCUACGUUAUUCAACGCCUCGGUUUUCGAAAAUGUAGCAUAUGGUCUAGCGGGAACGGACCUUGCGAAUGUAUCCCCAGAGAAGCAGAUAGAUUUGGUCAGAUCAGCGUGCAAGGCAGCAUAUGCCCAUGACUUCAUUGAAAGUUUGCCCGAGAAAUAUGACACCAAAGUCGGAGAGCGUGCUACAAUGUUAUCUGGGGGCCAGAAACAACGCAUUGCGAUUGCUCGGAGCAUUGUUUCCAAUCCCAAAGUUCUGAUCCUAGAUGAAGCCACAAGUGCUCUUGAUCCCAAGGCAGAGAAGAUUGUGCAGCAAGCUUUGGAUAAUGUCUCAACGGCUCGCACCACAAUUACUAUUGCUCAUAAAUUGUCCACAAUCAGAAGAGCGGACCAGAUCGUCGUUCUGACUCAAGGGCAGAUCAUGGAGAAAGGAACACAUGACGAGCUCUUUCUUGCCGCUGGGCCAUAUCAUCGCCUCGUCAAAGCGCAGGAUCUGGGUCAUGUACAAACUGAUGAGUGUGAUUCUGAAAAAGACCAGAGCGAGGCUAUUGCGGCUGUCACGACUAUUCAAUCAAGACAGACUUUGGGUGAGACAGAUCCAGGGCCUGUGCAAAAGCUGGCAGCUCCAUCCCGUAAAAUGACUAUUUGGCAAUGUUUGGCUAUUCUUCUGGGAGAGCGCCGUGAAUUGUGGCCUGAGUUCAUCAUCACAUUGAUUGCUUGUGUCGUUGGGGGAGCAACAAAUCCUGUGCUGGCCUUCAUUUUUGCGAGAGUAUUAGAUGUGUUUCAAAUUUCAGAUUCGCACCAAAUGGUCAAGAAAGGUGAUUUCUACGCCCUGAUGUUUUUCGUGAUUGCCCUUGUGAUUUUCAUUGUCUAUGGAGUCAUUGGCUGGGUCACCAAUAUCAUUGCAACAUCGGUUAUGUAUCACUACCGCUUGGAGAUGUUUGAAAACUAUCUCAGACAGGAUAUGACCUUUUUUGAUCAACCGGAACAUACAACAGGUUCUCUGGUAUCUAAACUGUCAACCAUGCCCACUAGUCUCCAAGAGCUACUGGGUAUCAACGUUGGUGUCAUUGUCAUUGCGAUGGUGAACAUCUGCUCCAGUUCCAUUCUAUCUAUUGCGAUUGGCUGGAAACUGGGACUUGUCGUGUUGACUGCUGUCAUGAUACCCAUUAUAUCCUGCGGCUACCUGAGAAUUCGAUUGGAGUUUAAAUUGGAUGAUCAGACCACGACGCGUUUUUCUGAGAGCGCAGCUCUUGCAGGAGAAGCGGUAGCGGCUAUUCGGACUGUUGCUUCGUUGGCUGUCGAGCGGAUGAUCCUCCAAAAGUACACGGCAAAAUUGUCAGGGAUUGCACGACGCUCGAUAAAGUCUUUGAUCUGGACAAUGUUCUGGCUGGCUCUUACACAGUCCCUUUCCCUGUUAUCUAUGGCGUUGGCCUUCUGGUAUGGAGGGCGCUUAUUAUCUAACGGGGAAUACUCGUCUUUUCAAUUAUACCUCGUUGUUAUUGGAGCGAUUUUGUCGGGAGAGGCCGCAGCAUCAUUUUUCCUGUUUACGACGAGCAUUACGAAAUCCCAAGCUGCCUGCAGCUACAUUUUCUGGCUCCGAUUACUUCAGCCUGCUGUACAAGAUGGAAAUUCCGACUCACCAGAGAAAGACUCUGACUGUGCUACCCAAGUGGCACUUCGAGACAUUGAGCCCGGUGAAUCUGUGGCCUUUGUCGGUCCGUCUGGUCAUGGGAAAUCAAGUGUAAUCUCGCUACUCGAGCGGUAUUACAACCCUACCUCAGGUUGUAUAGAAAUGGACGGAAAAGAUAUUGCUAGCAGACCAUUAGCUUCACAUCGCAGCCGCCUCUCUCUCGUCCAGCAAGAACCCGCUCUCUAUCAGGGAUCAAUUCGGGAAAACAUCACGCUUGGGCUUGCAGAUGAAGUCUCAGAAGACGAAAUUUACGACGCUUGCCGCCAGGCCAAUGCGUUUGAUUUUGUAUACUCUCUUCCCGAUGGUCUGGAAACAACUUGUGGAGCUCAAGGCAGCCUCUUUUCUGGCGGCCAGCGGCAGCGGAUCGCAAUCGCUCGAGCACUCAUUCGCAAUCCCAGGCUGCUCCUGCUAGAUGAAGCAACAUCUGCACUGGAUACAGAGAGCGAGAAAGUCGUUCAAGAGGCGCUCAAUAAGGCAAGAGAUGGUCGCACUACGGUCGCUAUUGCUCAUCGCUUGUCAACCAUCAAACAUUCUGAUCGUAUUUUUGUAUUGGUUGAUGGGCGUAUCAGGGAACAGGGCACUCACGAAGAACUGCUACGGCACCGGGGAAUUUAUUACGAGAUGUGUCUCGGUCAAGCGCUGGAUCAAGCGACUUGA